CCCUGUAGGUGACAGUGCAAACACCCAGAGGGGGUGAGGCCGUGACGCAGAGGGAAGAAGGGGUUUCCAGCCGGGCCGUGCGCCGCAGGAUUUCCCCUUUCUCCCUCCCCAGUCCCCCGCGCCGGGCAGAGCCGGCCAUGGAGUUCUCGGAGCUGAUCAAGACGGCGACGGUGGAGAACGUGCUGCUGUCGUGCGCGGGGCUGCCGGCGGUGAGGGGCACCCUGUGCAUCACCAGCCACCACCUACUCCUCUCCUCCUGCCCCGGCGGGGACCUGGAGCUCUGGCUGCUCAUCCGCAACGUGGACGCCGUGGAGAAGAGAGUGCAGAAUUUAGGCUGGUACCAGCCCCCCCGGACUAACAGCUCCGCCCGGGACACCAGGCUCACCGGCUCCUCCGGCACCAUCACGCUCCGGUGCAAAGACCUGAAGGUGCUGCAGCUGGAGAUCCCGGGCAUGGAGGAGUGUCUCAACAUCGCCAGCUCCAUCGAGGCCCUCUCCUCGGUGGACUCCGUGAUGAUGAUGUACCCGUUCUUCUACAGACCCCCGAGCCUGAAGCUCGAGGAAGGAUGGCACCAGUUCCCCCUCGAGCAGUAUUUCCAACAGAUCUCCUCGCAGACGAGCCAGUGGCGGCUGAGCCUGGCUGCCCAGUGCAUGGACAGGGAGGAGGCCACGGUGCUGGUGCACGGGGCGGAGGGGACGGACACGACGCUGCUGGUGACAGCGCUGGCCCAGGUGAUCCUGGACCCGUCCUGCCGCACCCUGGCGGGAUUCCAGGGGCUGCUGGAGCGGGAGUGGAUCCAGGCCGGACACCCCUUCCACCUCCGCUGCGCCCACUCCGCCUAUUCCCACGCCCGGCUGAAGCAGGAGGCACCGCUUUUCCUGCUCUUCCUCGACUGUGUGUGGCAGCUGAGCCGCCAGUUCCCCUUCUCCCUGGAAUUUGGGGAGCGCCUCCUCCUCUCCCUCUUCGACAACGCCUACGCCUCGGCCUACGGCACCUUCCUCUGCAACAACGAGAAGGAGAGGAGCCUGUGCAAGGUGAAGGAGAGCACACACUCGCUCUGGGCCUGGCUGAACCGGCCUGAGGAGCAGCAGAAGCUCCUGAACCCUCUCUACUCCCACAACGCCCUGGUGAUCUGGCCCUCCGUGGAGCCCCAGAGCAUCCAGCUCUGGCAGGGUUUAUUCCUCCGUUGGAUCCGUCCAUCCCAGCACCUGGAUGAGGCCUGGGCAGAGAUCCAGCGGUUGGUUGAGGAAAACAACACCCCUGCCAAGGAGAGCACAGGGAACAGGCUGAGCCAGUCCCUCUCUGACCACACUGCUGGGAUGGAGAACAGGAGAUGAAGGGCAGCACAGGCAGUUCAGUCCCGUGGGAUGCCAGGACAAGGCAACACUGGAGCUUCCUGUGGGAAGUGCUGUGCUGGACACAGACCCCACGGACAGCUCUGGGAGGGAGGAACAGACCCCCUUUCCCAGCCUUUGGGCUGCCCAGACUGAGCUUGUUUCAGUAAAGCCUCUCUCCCAGCCCACACCGGCAUUCCACUCUUCCAUAGGGGCAGGAGGAAGAUGCUCCUUCCC